UUUUGAUUUUUUUUCCUAAACUGUCACUGCUUUCCCAUUUUCAUCCUAGACCUUUCAUAAAAAUACUUGAAAGAGUGAAGCAUAUUUUUGAAACUUCAUUGAUAAGCAGUCAUUCAUGCUCAGAUUGCCUGCAUUUUUCUGACCUGUGAUUAACAGCAUUGUUUUUGGUCUUGAGGGAACAAGGCAGGUACGGUGUUUCGCCCUCCUGCUAGCCAGGAAGGGACCAUGGUGCUUAUUUACUCAGAUGAUGGAGUGAGGAGGCUGUUUAUGAUGAUUGUAUUUUCCUUUCUCUGUAGAGCUAGUCAAUAGGUAGUGAUGCAACUUGAGUAUAGAGAAAUUUCAAUGUUUGGCUUAAAAGUACCAGUGUAAGGAAUUGACAGAGGUACUCCCUCAAAACAGUGCAAUUAAUCUGAGCAAAACUGCUUGUGACUGGUUACUUUCUGAGGAUGAAUGGAGAGAUUUUUUUAAAAGGAAAAGGUACAAGUAGAGAAAUGCAGGAAGACUGAAGAUGUACUGAUUAGAGAAUAUUGAGCCAUUCUGAAUAAUAAUGAAUAAUUAGACUGUGACGAUUGAAAAAUUGCAAAAACCAGGGAAGGAGUCUCCUAAAUUUCUUCAAGUUCUUAAUUUAUUUUUGGGUACUUGCAUGCUUUGUCGUUUUGCUUCAUGAAUGAUUGAUGUCCCUGUCUGAUAAUUUUUGACUCUUACAGUCUGAAGUUUUCUUUCAAAAUCAGAGUGUAGGAUACAUAAAAAGAAACUUUUGAUCAAUUAUUUACAUAGAGAUGAAUCAGGUUUCUUUGGAGGAAGACUUAGGAGGAACAGGAGCAGGUGAAUGAGUGAUGGAUCUUGAUAUGUGAUAAGACUAAGGUGCUCUGGGGAAGGUUAAAGAGGGGCAGACAGAGCAGUGGGGUCCUGUUGAGGAAGGUCUAAGAGUAAACACUGACAGGUUGCAUGCAGUCUCUCCUUUCAAGUUGGGCAGAUUAAGCUUUUCAAAUAUUUCUUUCAUAAGAAAGUGAAACGUUACUUCUUUUUAAAGACUUUUACUUUUCUUUUAAACCACAGUUUAUGAUUUUGGCAGUUAAUUGGAAAUUUGAUGGGAAAAUGUCAAUCGGCUUCAAUUCUUCACAAAACCAGAAGUCUGUGUGGCUUCCUGCCUGUUUGUGUCUCCAAGGGUAGGCUGCCUUUGAACCAAGAACUGAAGUACUCUCAGCACACUGCAGCCCUCCCACAGGGAUACUGUGGAACACCAUUAACAGAGCAGAUCUACAGGUCCUGAGGUGCCUGGUGUUGUGUCAGGAGCCUGUGGUGCCCUGGGCACCUUGGCUGCAACGGGGCCCCUCCAGCCUGUCCACAUCUCCAUUCCAUGUGGGGCAGGGAGAAUAACUUGUUUCCUGUCACUUUUUAUCACUGAUCCCAGAAUAAGUUUCUUUUUCUUCAGAACUGUAGGAAUUCUGAUUUUGACUAAGAUUAUGCCGUGGUGUGCUAGUUUCCAGACACUGCAUUUUGUAUUUGUAAUGAGUGCUCUGUGUUAAGCAAAAUGUCCAGGACUUGUUGUAAACCUAAGUUAAACCCCAAAUCCACCAGAAAACAGAUAUGAGCUCAGCCCGUCCCUGCUGCAACUUCUUCCUCCCUGCUUCUCCAGAGCCACUGUGCCAGCGUUGGUGCAGAAGGCUGAUGUAAAGCCACAUGGCUCUGCACCAGCUGGACUGUGAGCCAGCCAUGUGUGCCUCUUGUGCAGCUGAUUAAUUGUCCAGCAGAGCUGGGAGUUAAGGGUAAUAUAAAAGAGACAAAAUCAUGAUUGCAAAGUAAACAUUAGAUAACUGCACGACUGAGCUUGCCUUCAGGUAAUGUCUGAAAACACCUUGUUCCAGUGGUAACUGAACUGUCUCAAAGAAAUGUGGUGGGAGAGCUCAGUUUUGUGCCUCUUUACUGUUGGUUAUAAAGGUAAUUUGCAAUCAAGGAGAAUAACUCAUCGGUUGGAUGCAAAGUUUAAGACAAAAAAACCCUGCUUCAUUUACAGCUUCCAGCUGUCAUUACUGUAUCUGAUUCUGAUACAGUAAUGUAAAUUCAGGACUCAUGAUGAGACUUUUAAAUUCUCUGUCCACAAAAUGAAGAAAACUUGAUCAUCACAAGACUCUCAAGAAUGUAAUUGCUUAUCACUAACUCAUUUUGGCAUGAAUAUUUACUGUUAAACACAGGCAGUGUACUUUGAGAAAUAAGUGCAGUCUUCAGGCUCUCCUCACUUUUUGGCUUUUCUCAUAAAUUCUAACUGCAGUAUCUGUCACUGCAACACCAGACAUGGAACACCACUGGGGCACACACUGAUUUUGCACUUGAGCAGAAAACACAACCUCUGUACCACCACCUUUUUACAUCAUUUUAUAAUUUCCUGAUCUCAUAAAAAACAAUGCUCAGCUUCUUGAAUAUACACUCCCCGUUAUGUUCACGUAAGUCAAGGUAGGCCUGCGUAGGCACGAAGCACAGUAAUUAAAUUUCAUAUUCUUUGUUCAGGGAAUGGCUCUGCCCUUGCAUUUCCCCUUGAUGGGUCUCUAGAAAGCCCAAUAUAUAACUGAAAUUUCAUCCUGGAUUGGUUUUUAUUUCAUUGUUCAGGAAAUUGGGUACCAGUGGGGACAUUGCUGUCCCUGUGCAGAAGCUCAGUGCAGAGCCUUGUCACUGAGAGCGUCGGAAGGUUCCUGUUAAAUCUUUUCCCUUUACUCGGAGGACAUGAUCAGGGCAGCCUGGCAGUUCUCUGAAUGGGUAUAUUUCUGCUGUGUAUCAAAACAUGCAGCUGAGAGGCAGCUGCAGUUGUGCUAGCCCCUCUCUCAUGUUGAAAAUGCCAUUGUACCAAGGAGCCACUCCCAGGAUAUUCCUGAAUAAAGAGAGGAAACUACUUUUAAAAAUACUGUAAGGGCACUUGUGUAGUUUUCUUUUUUUCCUAAGCUACCCAGGCCUGGCUACAAUACAUUUGCACAGGUACUCUAAACAACUUGCACUGAGUGUUUUCUUUUAACUUAUUUAUGGCAAAGUCACUUUUCACUGCUGAAUUUGAUAAAUUUGUUUUCAAGUUGGCUCUUCCUUACAAGUCAGAAAUCGCAAGCUUCUAUACCUAAGAGUUUGAAUCAAAAGCCUGAAACAAAUUCUCAGGUCUUCUGGUUUUUGCUCUUCAUUGCUUUUCUCUGUGUUUUUCCUAUUCAAUGUGAAUAGCCAAUGAAGUAGUACUUUCUCAUUAAUUGGUUUUCUUAUUGGUAUAACUUAUCUAAAUUAUUGGUAUAACUUAUCUAACUCUAAUUGGUAUAACUUAUCUAAAAACCACCUGACCACCAGAAUAGAGGUGUUGUGACAGAGGGGGAACUUUUCUCUUGUAAUGAAUGUAAAAGAUUAACAGCUAUAAGCACCAGCAACAUCAACAAAACAGAUUUGGUGAGCUCAGUUCAGCUACAAAGACUAAUCCUGCAAAUACAUAGGUAUUUGCUGAGCUGAAUUCAUGAGAGAUCCCAUCAGAAAGCUCAGCUAACCUCUAAGUGUGUAUGAGGUCAGGAUCAACGUGUGGGUGUGUGGAAAUACCCACAGGGCUGAUGUUUACAGCUCAGCAGAAAAUACAAUUACCCCUGAGAACUACCCUGGUUGUUUUGGUGGCCAUCUGCUGUCUCACUUCUCUGAAUAACUGCUCGCCUUGACCACAUUCAAAUAAGUGAAAUGGUUUGACUCUCUCUACAGAGUACUCUCCCACCUGUGAUUUAUGCAUAGGGUCCUUACUAAUGAUCUGGAGUUUCUCAGGCAAGGGGAGUGGGCCUCAGCAUCUUGAGAACCUGUCAGGCAUAAUAAUAUGUGCAAAAUUAGUGAGACCUGAGCCAUUCUUGUCCAGAUACCUCAUAUAUUUAGUUCCUGCAAAGAGAAAAUAACUGUAUCAUCUUGAAUUAACACAAAUUUAAUAUUAAUGAUUCAGGAGUAUGUCUGCUUUGGACUACCACAAAAGUCAUACCAGGCUCAAUAUACAGCAGCUGAUAUACAUAUAUUGAUAUUGCAUGUUAUAUAUAUCAAUACAUUUCCAUAUACAAGUCCUUCCACUCCUGUUAAAACUGUCUCUCUUUUCAACCCCUUCUAUGGAAACCUGUUCCACUCAGAGUAGUGAUGGGCUUGUGCAAGGGGGUCUGGAGUGCAAGCGUGUGCAGGAACACGAUCUCCAAGAUGAACAAAGAUUUUCCAUUAUUUCUGAAGUAUAUUUUACUCCCUAUGCCUGAAACAGGUUGAAGAUUUUCAACAUAGAAAUCAGUCUUAGAGACUGGAAUUUAAGUAAGUCAUACAUGAAAUGGUCAAACAGACUGAACAUAGCAUGUAUGGGGGGUAUUUGCACGCUUGCUAAAUGUUGAUAAGGUUGCCUUUGACACACGAUCAAAGGUUCAUAUACUCUUUGUCAUAACACUGUGUUCUUGUUCAUUUCUUUAGAAAGAUGAACAUUUCUCCAGCUUAAACUCUGGUCUCAACAAAUUGAAUUUCCCUAAUCUGAAAUAGCAUUAAUACAGAAAGGCUUCUAUUCAUAACCCAUAAUUCACUUAGGUCCACCCAAUGCAUAAUCUUGGUGCUGGUUCAUGUGGCACACAUUGGUAAAUUGGUUGUUUCAUAACAACGCAUUGUUUGAGCCCAGAGCUUGUUUGGAAAUUUCUGGUGUUGCUAGUGGGAAGUAAAAAAAAACCCAGCUUAUGUAAAUACAUAAUUGAUUACAGUGGGGAAAAUUGCAUCAGAAAAAGUUUGCUGAAUUAGGGCUUGAGCCAACUCACUAUCUGGAUAUAUAGUGAUUUUUGUUCUCCAAAUCAGAAUAGCCAUGACAUUCCAGCCUUAUCACACUGUUCAUGAAAUAGCUUCCUUAAAAGACUAACAAUCUCCUCUGCUAAAGAUGUCUUGCCUGCUUUAGCUUGGUUACUCAUGUUCUACUUUGCUGAAUUCAUGAACACAUGCUUCCUGGAACAGCUGCCACCCUUCCUAAAACUCUUGGUUUCCAAGCCCUGCCCUAAUGACUGUCUGUAUAUUUUUAUCUUAAGUGGGAAUUGGGACAGGAACUAGAAUUCACCUUUUUCCCCUCCUCUUGAGUGAAUGUUCAUCCCCUUAAAUUACACAGUCAUGCUCUUGCUUGCUUGCUCCCUUCAUACCAAAGAAACUUCAUUAUUUUAAGUAAUAUGGAACUACACUGAGGUUCUGAGGAUGAUAAAUCUCCUCUGUAGUCUCAGCCAAGACAGCGUGAGGUCUGCAAUCCUUCCAUUAACUGGAAGAGUUGAUCCUGUACCUCUCAUAGCUUUAAGGAGUGUUCAGAGCUCUUGGAAAGAGAAAUCUGGGCAUCAUAAUUGCACCUAUGUAGUAUGGGAUUGACAUGUUAGGUGUGACUAAAGGAUGCUUAAAACAGACAAGGCAGAGGACUUUCAUGUGUACAGACCCCGAAAGGAUUUAGGAGUGACCUAAGUAUGGAGCUUCUUGAUGUUACUGACUCAGAUUUUAAUAUCAAAAGUGCAAAGAGUUUGCAAAAACAAGCUCUAGACAGUCACCUUCUGGGGUGAGGAAGUGAGAAGUGAGAGAGCAGGCUGAGAAACAUACCCAUGGAGUUAGGCUGUAGAAGUAAAAGGGAGCCAGGAUUUGGGCUCUUAAUCCUUCUUUUGGAUCUAGUUCUCAGCUCAUACUGCAGAACUAAAAUAAGAGCCGUGGUUUUCAGAUUAAUGUAUCUUAAGUUUGCCUCAUGUCUGUGUUUCAAAAUCAUCUCCUUUUUGAAUACUCGAACUGAUUUAAUGAUACUAAAUUAGAAAUUGGUGGAAAAUUUGACUUGAGCAUGGUUACCUGGUAUACUAGUGCUUAUAGAAUUAUAGUUUGCUCCUGUAAGUAAGCUUGAAAAAGACCAAGGUGUUGUGAAAACUUGACUGCAACAGCAGCCUGUCUUUCAAUGCUAAAUACUGGGGGAAGAAAAACAAGUCCCUUAGCCUCUAAAUCAGCUUUUAAAUCAGUAUCUUCCCAAGUCCUUCAUCCUUCAAUUUCUUCCCCUUACUUGACCACAUUUUCCACUUGAUAUUAUCUUUACUACAUAGCCACAGGAUUUUUAUAUUUUUUAGAAUUAUUGGAGUUUAGCAGAUCUGUAAGGAAAUUCUGGUAAGGUCCUUAAAUUUGAUAAUUAUAUGCUAAGGAGUAAAGAGUUAUGGGUCUCCUCUAUGAAUUCAAAACGAACAGGUUUGGAUUAAUUCAAUAAGUGUCUUUGAGGUUGCUUGGGAUGGUCUGAACUGGCCACUGCAAAGUUGUUAUAGUACCAAUUAACUGGCAGGGUUUUAUCUGCCACACCAAAAGUGCACUGGGUGCAGUAUGUGAUUCUCAGCUGUUACAGCAACAGCAACUGCUCUUGCUGCUUUUCAAAUAAUGGUGAAUCCUUAGCAUACACGAGCUUUAAAGAAUUACAGUGUUGUAUCUUAAGGCAUGAGCUUUGCAAACUUAACCAAUGGGUUUUGAUGAGGUUUGUUUUUCUGAAGUCCUGUGGUAGUAGCGUGGCUGUGGAAGUGGGAUAUUUGCGUAGCUGCAACCCUGUGAUAGAUAUUCUUUCAUACAAUAAAUGUAUAACCGCCAAAAUAGUAUUAGCAAAAUAAAUAUCAAAGUUGCUUGUUUGAAGUAUUACUUAUUAAAGCAGGAACUGUAAGAUGCUUUUCCUCUUUUUUCUGUGAGAUUUUAUUUUUACACCACUCCUUCCUCAUUUCCAAGUUGUCUUGCUGUUCUGUAUAUUUUUAUAUACAGUACAUUCUUAGAUUACUCUUUUUAAAGAAGGCAUUUAACUUGUUGGCUGCAAGCUGUCUUAUUGUUAGGAAGGUAUGUGGUUAUUAAUAAAACUCACUCUGGCCCAAGAGCUUGGAUAUAGGAAUGUAGGUGACACUGUUCUCAUAUCCUGUACUGUGGUGACACUGUUCUCAUAUCCUGUACUCUGUAGACUUCUUGUAUCAUAAACAGCUUCAGAGGUUUGCUGUUUCUUCAUGUUCGUGCUAACCAGUGCAUGUUUCUUAGUAGAUUGCUUUGUGAGGAAACAAAGCUUUGUCAGCUCACUGAUGGUUGCUUUGUUACCUCUGAAAAGAGAGUCCAAAAUCUAGUCAGACACACUGAAACCAGUGAAAUCACGCUGAAAAGAAUCUCUUUGCUGCUCUUCUCUGUUAGAGGCUUAGUAUUUAGAAAAACUCUGAAGUGGCCCAAGAAGCACUGUAUGCCUGUGUUUAAAAUGCUCUCUUUGCACCAUUAAGACAUCAGAAGCUGCCGUUGUUCCACCCAUCUUCCCAAGGGAAACUCAAAAAUAAUAACUAGAGGUGAGAAGCUGCUUAUGUAUUUUGAUGCCCAGCAUCUGCUGACAGAAUUCCAAAAAGUAAAAUCCUGGAUCUCUCCUGGCCUUGGGGCUGUGCUUGCACUCUCCCAGCUCCUUGCAGGCCUGCUUGCCUGUGAGCCGUGAGGCACUGGUGACUUCUGCAGCUGCAAAACCACCCAAGCCAAGCACGCCUGCUUCGUGUGAGUGUGCAGGAGACUGCAAUUUGCAUGGGCUCCAAGGGUCACCCAGCAAGUCUGUGUGAGCCAUGCAUGUCUGUCACCUCCUCCUAGCACUGUUUUCAUUUGCAUUCUGUCCCUGAAGAGCAACGGCUCCCAAUGGAUGGCAGCUGCCACCAGGGACUGAGAAGGGUUGCUGGCCAUUAGCAGCUGGCCCAGCCACACUCCUAGCGUGGGGCCUAUUAACAGGUCUGUGGGGAAAUAGCAGUUACAUGUGAACCACUUUCUAUGCUCAUCAAAGGGAAAACAAAAGGAUUAUCCCAUUACAAAUGCACAGUAAUAGCCAAAUGACUGAAAGCAGCCAAAGCUCUGUCCUGUCCUCUGUCCUUUUAACUCUGUCUUGCUCCAUCGCAGACAUCCAGUUUCCCAUUACUUAAGUCUCUGAAAGCUCUUCCUGCCUUUAUUGUUUUACCAGUUGCUGCCUUCAAUUUACUGUGCUGAUAAGUACUUCCCAGGCUGUAAAUAUGUGGUUGAGACAUUUCUAAAGCCAAUCAAGGUUUUGAUUGCAGUCACAGGAGGAAAGGUCAGCAGCAAAACUGCUCUCACUACUCAGGGAGGACACUCCUCACACUAGGGUAGGUAUGGAUUGUGAAUUCAUUGGGAGAGAUGUGAGGGAAUGUAGGGGUUAACAGGACUGAAGAAGAAAAAAUGGAGCAUGCACUUAACCUCCCCUUUUCACAAGGUGAUACCCUUGCUUUUAGUAGAUGUACAGUAGCUGCAGUUGUUCUUCAGUUUGGGAAAGGCCAGAAACCAGAAAGAGCAAGAAAUCAAAUAUGAUCAUCAUUGCUGAAAAUGAUAGCAGAUUUUCAUUGAAGUCCAGCUAAGAAUGCAACCAACAAAAUAAAGUGAAAAAGCUGGGCAUUUGAAGAAGCAUCCUUCUACUUGGUGAAAAUGUCUCUUAUUUUUUGACAACGAUUAAAAGACAAUGGGGUCAAACACUCUUGGAAAGGCUGCAACAUUAGAUGAGCUUUUGAACACUUGUAUUGAAAUGUUUGAUGACAAAGGAAACCCAUGUUCCAGCCAUUUGCCAAGAACCUUUCUUUUAAUGCAUCGGUGGUAUCUGCCCUCAACAGAGCUGGCUGGCAAGCUUCUGUCCACUUAUAGAGAUGCCGGCGGGGAGAACUGCAAUGAAUUCAGAUUGAAAAUCUGCUAUUUCAUGAGAUACUGGAUUUUGGAAUUUCCUGCAGAGUUUAACUUGGAUCUUGGGCUGAUUCGUUUGACUGAAGAGUUUCAAGAAGUAGCCAGCCAGCUUGGAUAUGAGGAUCACAUCCAUCUUAUUGAUAUCUCCAGCAUUCCUUCCUAUGACUGGAUGAGAAGAGUUACACAGAGGAAGAAGAUUUCCAAGAAAGGAAAAGCCUGCCUGCUGUUUGACCAUCUGGAGCCCAUUGAACUAGCUGAACAUCUCACUUUUCUGGAGCAUAAAUCUUUUAGGAGAAUUUCUUUCACAGAUUACCAGAGCUAUGUGAUCCAUGGCUGCUUGGAAAACAAUCCUACUUUGGAGAGAUCUAUUGCUUUAUUUAAUGGUAUCUCUAAAUGGGUCCAGCUCAUGGUUCUCAGCAAACCAACACCCCAGCAAAGAGCAGAAGUAAUCACAAAGUUUAUUAAUGUUGCACAGAAGCUCCUUCACCUCCAGAACUUUAACACACUGAUGGCAGUGGUGGGAGGUCUAAGCCACAGCUCUAUUUCUCGCCUGAAAGAGACUCAUUCUCAUCUGUCCUCGGAAGUCACAAAGGACUGGAACGAAAUGACAGAGCUGGUCUCUUCCAAUGGAAACUACUGCAACUACCGCAAGGCUUUUGCUGACUGUGUUGGCUUCAAAAUUCCUAUUUUAGGAGUCCAUUUGAAAGACUUGAUUGCUGUCCAUGUCAUUUUUCCUGAUUGGAUAGAUGAAAACAAAGUUAACAUAGUGAAAAUGCAGCAGCUUUCCAUCACCUUGAGUGAACUGGUUUCCCUGCAAACUGCUUCUCAUCAUUUAGAGCCUAAUUUGGAUUUAAUUAACCUGCUAACACUGUCCCUGGACCUCUACCACACUGAGGAUGAUAUCUACAAGCUCUCGCUGGUGCUGGAGCCAAGGAACUCCAAAUCUCAGCCUACCUCCCCAACCACCCCCAACAAGCCAGUAGUGCCACUGGAGUGGGCAUCUGGAGUGGUACCUAAACCUGACCCUACAGUCAUCAACAAGCACAUCCGGAAACUGGUGGAUUCUGUCUUUAGGAACUACGAUCACGACCAUGAUGGUUAUAUAUCUCAGGAAGACUUUGAGAGUAUAGCAGCCAACUUCCCCUUCUUGGACUCUUUCUGUGUACUGGACAAAGACCAAGAUGGUCUUAUAAGCAAAGAAGAAAUGAUGGCUUACUUUCUGAGAGCUAAAUCACAGUUUCAGUGUAAAAUGGGACCUGGGUUUAUUCAUAACUUUCAGGAAAUGACCUAUCUUAAACCAACUUUCUGCGAGCACUGUGCAGGAUUUCUCUGGGGUAUAAUCAAACAAGGCUACAAAUGUAAAGAUUGCGGUGCCAACUGUCACAAGCAAUGCAGAGACCUGCUUGUGCUGGCUUGCAGGAAAUUUUCCAGAGGAACUUCAGUAGGCAGCAACCAUGGGUCUCUGCCUAGCAGUCCAUCUCUGCCUCCUGUCCAAGAUGAAGUAUUCGAAUUUCCCAGUGUUGCUGCAGAACACCAGGACCUUGAUGGCAGAGCUAUCACCCUUGUCACUGGCUCUUCACGGAAAAUUUCUGUGCGGCUGCAGCGGGUGACCACCAGCCAAGCAACACAGACAGAACCACUCUGGCAUGAGCCAGGUUGGAAUGAUUCAGGUUCCCACACUUUCCCCAAAAUGAAGUCCAAAUUCCACGGAAAAGCUGGGAAGAACAAAGGCUUUGCAAAGUGGGAGAAUGAAAAGCCCAGCAUGCAGGCUGAUGUAGAGCUAGAAGCCGAGGCCCCACAAGAUUUACAGGAUCACAAUGGAAUAGAAACUCUCCCAGAAACACAAGAAUCUGAGGAUAGCUGAUUGGUCACCCUGAAGCACAGAAGACUAAAGAUGACAACUACAGCAAGUGUUGAUGGACUGUCACAGACCACAUUUGGCCACAAGGAGUGUUCCCAUACCUCAUCCUUUUAAACCCAACCGUUGCCCUGUUUUCUUAGCUGAAAGGUGUUAUAAGGCACUAUUUAUUUUCUCACAAGUAAGCCAUUUCGAUGAACAUUGCACAGCCACAGCAGAACGGAUCUCUGUGCUCAGUGUUUUCUUUUGUAUGACUUCUGUGGAAACUUCCUCUACAUGCCAGUGAGGAAAUAUUCAGCCUUCUUUAAAUGCACUGCAUCAUUUCAGUAUGUCUGCCAGCAACAGCAAUGGUGAGGACAGAAGCCAAGCAUCCAAGUUUGUUCAAUAACGCUCCUUUCCCGAGGCUUGUCAUGAUCAUUUAAGGAAAGAAGUAGGUGUGUGUGUGUUGAUUAAAUCUCAAACAAAAAUCUCUCACAAAAUACUCUAUACUGAAAUUCUUCACGCACCUGGGGUUUUGAAUUUUGGCCAUGUUUACAUUGCUGCAGUGAACAUAUUGGUGUUCAGCACAGAGAUAUCGGUUCCCAGACUGGGGAUCCUUCAAAUAGGCAGCAGCUGGCUGAGACUGAAGGAAUUCCAAGACACUAUGUGUUUUUCUGGUUACACCACAAUGAGGAAGGGUCAUUUCUGCCAGCACUGAUUAUGGUAACAUUAGCAUGCAAUAAACACUUUAGUUUUAA